AGGAAAUGCUGACGAUGUUACAACUGCUUUCCCUCUUUAUUUCUUACAUAGAGACUGAAGAGAAAGGACGCGACUUCGCCUCCUUACUCGUGACAAUCAGCUGUCCAUCAUGAUGGGCUUUAUUGGCAUGGUCCCCGAUUUAGCAUUUUGAACGGGCGGGAUUGAAAUGAACAUGGCAACAAAACAAAGAUGAGGUGAAGAAAAAGUCUUGGAGCUAAAUGUGAUGUUACAAGGUCGCUGACACAUUGAAGAACAUGGCACGAGCAACCUCCUUGUUUUAAAUGUGCUCUAUUUUGUGUCGGGGAGCCAAGUCACAAGACUUUGCAGCCAUGAUCACAAUCGCACAUGCGCAUAUGGUAUCGCUGAUGCACAUGCCCCAUUGGUUCCACCUCUUCAAAUCACAUCAAAUGAUUUCGGUAAAUUUGUACGAUCACCCACUCGAAUCAAUUGUGUGUAUAGGAACCACAUUAUUGUUAGUUUUACCCCCUCUGGAUACUCGAACCCUUGCCAGCAAACAUAGGUGAGAAAUUUUUAGGGUUUUACGGGCAGAGUAAUAGCUGCAUACAGAGGGAGAGCCCAAUAAGAGUAGAGAAGAAGAAGAGCGAAUCAGGGAUUUUACUGACUUGACAGCCAAAGAUUUGAUCGGGUCAAAGAUUUGGAAGACGGAGUAUUGUGACAGCCAAACAGAAGUGUCACAGCCUCAGGAAAUUAAAGGUUUUGGGAGCCUUCAGAAAGCAGUUCUAGCCUAACAUGUGGUAUAGGGACAAGUGUAAUGUGGAACGAUUUUAUAUGGAGCAAAUGCGAUCUGUGUUGUGACAAGGAUUUGGAGAACUAGCGCUACACCCGCGCAUAGCUUGUCAAUCACAUGUUACCUAAUCCGGGGAGUGCUCUGCUCUUCGUUCCGUUGGUGCAUCAUCAUAAACAUCAUCUCCUCCAACAGGAUUCGAGCCAUCUGUAUGAGAUUAUCGACGAGUUUGGUUGGUGGAAGUUUGUUGAACUGGUUCACGGGAUCUUCGGAGUCAUCAAAUAAAGCCGAAGGAGAAACUUCAAAACAAAAUGAAGAUGCUGAUGUAUAUGAUGAUGAUGAAGAAUUAGAAUAGUAUAGUAGUUAAAAACAAAUGAUUAACUUGAAAUCCUCUAAGAAAAAGUAUUCAAUAUAAUCUUUAGAAUGAAUAAUGAAUAAUUAAUAUUUCUAUUAUAGCAU